CCAACAGCUCUAUGAUUCGAUACUGAUCCUUUUUCAGCGUACAUUCCUUUGUGAAUUGCCCUUAAUUCGCUGACGAAAGUGUGCCGCUACAAAGGAGAAUGCAGCAGCUUUGGUGUGCUGCCUUCCUCUCAGGGCUGUUCAUGGUAGCAGGCGAAGAACCCAUCUUAACGCGAUAUCAGGACUUGGCUCCUUCAAGCAACAUUUUGGCAGCUGCUGCGGCGCCUGCAGGGGGCUUUGGAGUGGUUGCUGAGCGCGGACAAUCCAUGCCUUCAGAGGAAAUCUCGGUGUCCGGCGCCACCCAGCAGCCGAUCACUGACUUGGAAGCGGAAGUUCAACGGACCUCCCGAGUGGCCGCCUACCUGGCGCAGGAUGCCGCCGUACUCUCCAAGGAGCUGCAAAGUCUACAGAUGUCCUUGCGGGGCCAUGCUCGACUAGAUGUCGACCCUAGAGAUGAGGGCGCGGUCUCCGCCUUCCAACAAGCCCCGGCCGGCGGGGCUGCGGCGGCCCCGGCGCCGGCCGCACCGGCACCGGCCCCGGCCGCGCCGGCGGCUGCGGCACCCGGGCCACAGAAGGAGGCUCCUGCAGCGACAGGCAGCGAUGAAGGUUGCGGGGGCGCUGGUGAAACGCCGUGCAGCCCAGCCAACAAGAUCAUCACCUUCGAUUAUCGCUUCCCCAUCGGUUGGGGCUUACUGAACUGGGUGCUGAUAGUCCUUUUGUCCUUCUUAUUCGCUUGGUGCUGCUGCGCCUGCUGCCUCCGUGUCCCCCGGGCCAAUACCCGGUGAUCCAUCUAUGAGAAGAGCCGACACAUCGGUCCAUUUCGGGGCCGGUUCCAGGAUCAAAUGAUCAUAUGGCACUGGGGAUAGCCCUCAACUGGAUUUUUGACUCAGAAUUGGAUUGAU